ACGACCUCCGCCAAAACAUUAACCUCGUCUGGACUUACCUGCGAAAAUCUAUAUCAUAUUCUUCAACUUACUCUGCAGCUGUGUCCUCUGAUCGUCCCACAACAAAGUUCAAUAUUUCCCUUAAUCACUUCAACUCAAUUUCGAACGAGUUACUUUGUAUACCAUGUCCGCCAACUCCACUCUCCCCGGCCCUGCCCUCCAAGCUUCGAGAGCUGCGCUCUCAGCAGCUCUGGCCGACCAGGAGGCUGCCAAUACCCAGCCCUCAAAAAGCAAAGAUGAAAGCACCGAACCUGGCGAGAUUCAGGAAGUAGUGGUUGAUAUGCAGAGCCAAGCGGACGCGAUCCGAACGGUUUUCAGCGACCCUACUAAUUUCAACGUUAAACAUCCCUUGUUUUCUGCUUGGACUCUUUGGUUCGAUUCGCCAUCAACCAAAGGUCGAAAUCUACCUCAGACCCCAGUCUCUGCCUUUCCCCAAACCCCUGUUCUCCAGACGCCAGGAGCAGCUGCCGCACAGGGGUGGAUGGAAGACAUCAAGAGAGUGAUUAGCUUCGACAGCGUCGAGGAAUUCUGGGGCCUGUAUAACAACAUCAUCCCUCCAUCUCAACUCCCUCAAAAGGCGAACUACUAUCUUUUCAAGGAUGGGAUUAUCCCUGCCUGGGAAGAUGAGGCCAACAAGUAUGGCGGGAAAUGGAGCAUUCAAUUGCCCAAGGACAAGAACCGAAACAACGUCGACAAGAUGUGGCUGCACACCAUGCUUGCUGCGAUCGGCGAGACCUUUGACCCCAGUCCUAGUGGCAACAACUCAGAGUCAUUAAUCACAGGGGUGAUUGUAUCGACGCGUCCGCAGUUCUACCGACUUUCGAUAUGGACCCGACUUGCACCUGGACUGGGCGAAGAAGAUGCGAAAUUGCGGGAGAGGAUUGAAGCGAUUGGGCGACAUUUCAAGGUGCAGGUGUUGGCGUACCCGGAGAGUGCGCGCCUUGCAGGGCCUCUUGCGACUGAAGUUGAAUUCCAGUCGCACAAAGACUCUGAGAAGAAGGGCAAGUCUGUGCGGAAGAUCAUAGUGUAA